AUGGGCAAAUGGACCUUGGAGUAUCACGACGACGUCCUCCGCAACAAAAUGAAAAGCCUGGUAACAGGCGCGGUAAAGAGAAUUAGGCUCGAGCACGGAGAGCCCUUGAUAUCCUACGAGGCCUUUGUCGAAGAACUCGACGAGGGCGACUCGUUCACCGCCUCCAUAAUUGAUGUACUGGUGAAAGAAAUGGCUGAGCGUCGUACGCGACCCAAUCCCAUUGACCGCCGUCUUAUCUCGGAGCGCACGGCGAAGACGCUGCGCAUGCAGGCUGCCCCAUUGCAUAUAUACCGCAACCGUCACAACCUCGGCAGGGCCAGCAGCAGACGCAGUUUCCCCUUCAUGGACUACGCUGCUCAGGCGGAGGAUACGCAAGGGUCUGAUGACGACGACGAGUUUGGCUCGGUGGUCGGCGGCGGUAACGGGCCGUUCGAAGGCGUCCGCCUGAACACAGAGCUCUUUGAUGCCUACAACAACGCCCACGAAUUGCCAGAUCUCCCUCACUAUCCACACUCAGAACCAACGCCUUUGGCCACCGGUUCUCCUGAACCGGCCGAUGGCCCUCGCGAUCGUUAUGGCGUCACCAGCCCGCGUCCGAUAUCGCCUCCGAUUUUAUCAUCAACAUAUCGGAAUAACAAUGCUUGGGCGAUGCUCGGUAAUAGCAGCUCCAAUUUGACUCGUCAGAGCUCGAUACGCCGGCCCGCCCGCUCUCGCACGGUCGACUUCAACGAGUUCACACAUCAUCGACGUUCCAACAUUCGCUCUCUUCGGGAUUCGGGGCAUGCGGAUAACACGGCGAGUGCGAGCAGCGCAUGGCGGUUCAGGCUGCGAGACGAGUCUCCCUCUCGUGAAGAGGCUCUGGCAGGACUGCCAGCCGCGCCCCCAGCGAGACGGUUCUUCCCCUUGAGCCCAUGGUCCCAGGCCCGGAACCGUCGCGAAGCUGGUCUUGCAUUCCCCUGGACUUCCGAGACCACAGAGCCUGGUCCCUCAGCUCCCUCAGCUCGUCCUGCAGACCUCUCCCCCGGUGGUACUCCGAGCUCGUCCCAGAUGUGGUACACGCUCACCGCCACUGCCGCGGAAGCGUCCGCGGCACCUCCUGAUGUGACUGCGGGCAGUUCAGAUUCAGCAGGCGACGGCAGGUCGGCCGUGGCUCCUCGCCUGCGUCGGGGUGGGGUCCGUGCCCCAGAGUCUCUGCUGUCGAGGCAUGUCUCCCCUGCCACUGAGGACAGCCAGGGUGUCGCAGCAGGUGUGCAAGGAGGUGGUACGGGUACGGAGGCUUCUCAUAGUGCCGUGCGGGACAUUACACCUGUGGAGGUUGUGAACUGGCAGCGGACAGGACAGUUGAGUACGGACUUCCCCACCCCACGGUCAUUGUCGCCUGCAACCGCGCCUUCUGAGGAGCUGUGA